AUGAAGAUAGUAGGAGAAAGCAAAAACCUCAAAGAGGAUUUACCUACACUGAUAAAACUGAUUCCUGGACUGUCUUGGAAAUGUAACACUUGUCUUUCCGCUGAUACAUCUACUGAGGAUACAGAUCUUGGUCAUCUUAUUGAAAGCAAAAUUAGUCAUGCUUUGGAUCCAGUUGUCCUGCUGAUAAAUCAACUUAUAUCGGCUGUUGAGCAAACUGCAUGGCUGAAACCUGAGACAACAAGUGCUGACAGAAAGGUUUCAUAUUCCAGUGUUUUAAGAAAAAAAACGGUGCCUGCUGUCACAAUUAAACCUAAAGAGGUGCAAGAUACUUUAAAAACGAAGACUGAUAUUCUGAAGAACAUGAAUCCAGUUGCUGAUGAUAUUCACAUAUCAAAAAUAAAAAAUGUCAAAGAUGGAGGCAUCCUCAUUGGUUGCAAGAAUGUUGAAGAUAACCUCAAGCUGGAUAGAAUAGUUCAGGAAAAGUUGUCUUACGAUGUCAAGAAAGUUGGUGGUGUCAAUCCCAGGGGCACGGCCGGUUGCGACACAAUGGACUCCAGCAGAGAGCUGUCUGUUUCUUGCAGAGCGGGCGAUAUGGUUGUUUUGUCGAUAUUGAAAACGGACUUUUCGGAGGAGUUUUCAGAUGGUGAUAGAGGAGGAGGCGGAGGUGGUAGAGGAGGCGGCGGUGGAGGUGGGAGGUCUUUCACUUCUUCUGGGCUAGCUGGAGAAUUUUCAGUCUCAGUAAUAGACAAAAAAGUAUUUAAUGAUUCCUGUCCUUACCUUGGCACUACGUCAGCACCCGCCGAAGACGUGGAAACCCGACCUGCGGUUGUCGACCGGCGCUUCGCCGCUGCUUUGGCCGGUCUACUGGAAGACGUAGAUGGCGCUGUAGUAGCAGAAGAUGACGAUGGAGAAGAUGAUUGCUGUUGUUUGCUGGCAUUACGCUUCGCUUUCGUGGAAGCGCUCAGGAACAAAAGUAAAGAAUUGAAUAUUUGA